AUAUCUCUCCAAGUCCAGCCGUGGUGCUCACCAAGACCUGGCCGCUUGGAUUUCAUCUUCCUACACGGAAUAUGCGUAAACUGCACGACACAUUUUGUGCAAACCGCUGAAACGAAAUUAAAACGCCAGGAUUGCCUUGGGUUCAUUCAAGAGCGACGCGCAGAGCUGGGAUUUCCUCCAAUUUCCCCUCGUUUUGAUAUUUGACAGAUCCCCCUUUUGUUGGGUGGAGUCAACCCGGAAUUAUCUAAUUUGGAAAACCAUUGGCACAUAUCAGGAGCAACAUGAAGGACGGCAUCGCCAACAACAGCACAGCCAGCAUCUCCCAAGCCAGGAAAGCUGUGGAGCAGCUGAAGAUGGAAGCCUGUAUGGACAGGAUAAAGGUGUCCAAAGCAGCCGCAGACCUGAUGGCGUACUGCGACGCCCACAUACGUGAGGACCCCCUCAUCGUGCCCGUGCCCGCCUCCGAGAACCCCUUCCGGGAGAAGAAGUUCUUCUGCACCAUCCUCUGAUGACCUGCUGCCACAGAUGUACAGGUGCAGGCAUGGCGUUGCCUGGCUACUCUGUCUUCACCACACCUGAAGCUACUGGCCGUAGGCAUUGAGUUGAAUUUUGCCGGGCGGACACUCUGUUGUUGAUCAGCUCUGUCCUGGUGGCUGAAGGUUUUGGGGGAGUCAGCUACCAAACUGGCAACCCAGUGAGCGUAUCAUGUCUUGUUAAAUAGGUUUGUUAUUGCUUUGUUAUUAGAGAACAGCCUUGCUCAGUGCUUAAUGAGAUGAGAGAUGUUUUUCUUUCCUUUUCUUUUUCUUUUCUUUUAUUGUGCUAGAUCUUACAUGCCUCAGGAAACAGAAAUUGGCCCAUUUCUUUUCUAGUUUUCUAAACACCUGUUCCCACACCCUUUUACCCGAACAAAACAGCAUUAAUCUUUAUCGUCGCCAUCCAUUUUUAUCUUUAAUUUGCGUUAUUUUCUUUUAUUACUUUCAGUGUACAGGAUUGACUAUUCUUAGCAGCAUCCACCCAAAGUAUUAAUCUGACACUUCCCUUGCUUGUUUCUCUUUUAGCUUGCUUCCAAAUUCAUCAAAAAUUAACCCACACAUUUUAGUAGUUCAGUCAGAUGCACAUUAGAGCACGCAAAAAUUGCUCUUGAAGGCAGCCGUGUCUCUGAUUGUAAAUUAUUUCGGUGUAUGCAAACAGAUACUUGUAACCCCAAAGAGGCCGGCUGCACAUCAGCUCGGCAGCAAAUAAAAUAUAUAUUUAUUGAAAAGCACAGAGCUAAUGUUUCAACAGCAAGCCGCGUUCUUCAGGGUUAUCACCGUGCAAACAACUCCACGGUCCAAAAUUAUUUAUGAAUCCGCUGCCUCCAAUCCAGGCCCGCUCUAAUGCAUUCUACCUUUGAUACUCUAUUUGAUUUACUCUUAAUGUAGUGCAUCCACUUCAAAUCAGAUGCGCUAUCCGUUAAUCCUGCAGCCUUCUGACUGGAAUAUUUUGUUAAAAGUCAUUGGAUAUCUUGUCUAGGUUUUAUUCUGUUGCCGUGUUGUUUGUGUUUCCUUAACACCCUACUUUGUUUUCUGGGCAUGUUUCCUGAGCCUGAUUCUUUUUGCCUGUCCUAGAGUGAAUGGCAAGGCCUUUGACCAUAAUGCCAAACCAGAGGCCUGCAUGUUUCUCUGCUCCUUUUGACAGCCUCCUCUGUUUUCAAGGGCCUGUCAGUCUUUUAGAGUGUACAGUAUGUUACAGUGCCAAUUUCUGUGAGAGCAGUGUAAUCUUCACACUGUCAUCCCACAGCCUUUUUGUUUGGUUGUUUUUAAAGAAAAAGCACACUGUCAAACAUUUCCUUUACAUGGUAGUUAAAUAGCAUUUGCUAAUUUUUACAAUGAAUUGUUAUGAUCAUUAUUAAUAUUGUUAUUAUCAGUAGUAUUAUUGAAUAUUUGUUGCACAGCACUGACAGCUACAUGACGUGUAGUGCUACUAAGCUUGUAUGAUACUUAGGAGAAAAAAAACAUUUAUAAAUCAUGCAAUUAUUGAUACUAUCUGAGUAUUUUUUAAAAAUAAUGAUAAGGGUCGGUUUACAUGUUAUGAUCCCUUCGAUGGUUCAGGUUUUCUGCAUCAUCAACGUUUUGAUUUCUGGAAAAUUUAGAGAAAUCCCUCCUGGUACUUGAAUAGCCAUUUGGAUUAGGAAUCAAACUCCUUUCCUCGACUGUCACAAAAAAAAAAAAGAAAAAAAGAAAAGAAAAAAAAAAGAUAUUGGAUUUCGCUCAAACUGUUUUCAGGACAAUUUUGUCUUUAUUUCCUAUCUUACAAAACCUGAGAUAAACCUCAGGGUGCUCUCGCUGACCUCAUCUCAAGGAUGGUGCCAAAUCUCAAACAAGAAAUACCAAGUUCACGGCUAGAGAUGAAUAUUGCAUGGAUUUAUUUCUAUCUAUUACAGAGAGAACUGAGAACUAUUAUGACAUGAAAUAUUGCCUCUUCAUUGACUUCUGGGUGCUACUCUGCACAUCACUCUCACUGAAAUCCGGAUAUGUAGAAAUGUGCAGCUGUAUUAAUGAAUGAUAUUAACUCUUUGGGGGGAAAAAAGCAUUUAAAUAGCAGGCUUUGUAAAUCCUUUGACGGAUCAAAUGAAUUAAAGGA